UUGAAAGCAAAAGUCACUGCCUAUCAAACUCACCAACUCCAACUCUUAUCAUCAAAGUGUGAACAAGGCUUUUCGGCUAUCGUGUCUUUGCCAUUUUUAAGAAAAUCUAACCCAAGGUUGUCACUUUCAGUAUCUCUUUCACCCCUUUGUGUUAAUGGCCAACUCUUUGCUUCCUCCUAUUUAUCAAUUCCUAGUCAAAUUUUACAACACAUUUCGUCUACCCUUUGAUGAUAAAUGGAUCUACUUGUUUCCCAAUUCUGUCUGCUCCACCAUCCUUCGAGGGGCUUUCUUUCGGAAUUUUCUUCAACCAAACCAUAUCUUAUCAGCAUACAAACACCUGGGAACUCAGGUUAGGAUUUGUUGAUUCUGAGAAGGUUUUACUAAAUCUUAACAUUCUAGGUUUGCUAGGGUUGAAUGAGAGAUCUGGUUUAUAUGGGUUCAGGUGUGUAGCUCCAAGAUCUUAAUUUGGUAACUGUGUUUGCCAUGAGUUGUAGGUGCUUUGGUUUGUUUGAACUGUUCAAGGGAAGGAAUAGUCAGGACCAGAAACAAGCUCAUGAGUUUGCCACCGACAAUAUAAGGCUCUUUUCAUAUAAUUCGUUGAGAUCAGCAACAUCAGAUUUCCAUCCAUCAAACAGAAUCGGUGGAGGUGGUUUUGGAGUUGUCUACAGGGGAGUUUUGAGAGAUGGUACUCAGGUAGCCAUCAAGACUCUCUCUGCAGAGUCUAAACAAGGAUCGCGUGAAUUCGUGACAGAGAUCGAUAUGAUAUCAAACAUACGACAUCCGAACCUUGUUGAACUAGUUGGCUGUUGCGUUGAUGACAAUCAUCGGAUAUUGGUUUACGAGUAUCUGGAGAAUAACAGCCUUGCCAGUGUUUUACUUGGUUCGAGAAGUAAAUACGUUGCUCUGGAUUGGCCUAGGAGAGCUGCUAUAUGCUUGGGUACAGCUUCUGGUCUUGCAUUUCUUCAUUAUGAAGCUGUACCCCAUAUCGUCCACAGGGAUAUUAAAGCUAGUAAUAUACUUCUAGAUAGAAAUUUUCAGCCUAAAAUUGGGGAUUUCGGUCUAGCUAAGCUUUUCCCGGAAAAUGUCACUCAUGUCAGUACUCGAGUAGCAGGAACAGUUGGAUACUUGGCUCCGGAGUAUGCCCUUUUAGGACAGCUAACCAAGAAGGCAGAUGUAUACAGUUUUGGGGUGCUUGUGCUUGAAGUAAUCAGUGGCAGAAGUAGCAGCAAGACAGCAUUUGGAGUGGAAUUGAUGCUUCUGGUUGAAUGGACAUGGAAACUCAAACAAGAAGAAAGGCUUCUAGACAUUGUUGAUCCAGAGCUGACUAACUAUCCACAAGGUGAGGUGAUGAGGUUCAUCAAGGUGGCCCUGUUUUGCACCCAAGCAGCUGCACACCAAAGACCAACCAUGAAGCAAGUGGUGGAGAUGCUUUCCAAAGAUGUGCAUCUCAAUGAGAAGAUACUGACUGAGCCAGGUGUUUGCAAGGGUCCAACCUCUCGGCACUUGGGGGCUAGUGGCUCGGGGACAUCAUAUUCUUCAAAGACCAAAGGCAAGCAAUCGGCUCAUCCUUCUUCCUCAACCAACAUUUAUAGUUCUCACAACAUAACAGAGAUGCUUCCUAGGUGAUGCACUGGCUGGUUGCCUGAUCUUUCUUACAGUUUUACUGCCCUGACCAUUCCAUUUGAUUUACACGAGAUAGUGGUACACUACAGAUCAUUGCUAGUCUUUUUUUUUUUUACUCUCAUUUUUUGAAAAUACCAGCAGUUGUGACCAGAAGGUCAAAGGUUGAUUCCAUGUCCAUAGACCCAUUUGUGUAAUUGGUGAGAAAUUAAUGUACCCAAUUGAAGUUGGUUAUUGAGUCGAGUUAGUUUAAAUUUAAAAUUAUCGUGUUUCAAAUGUUAAACGUGUUACUACAUUU